AUGGCAGAAAAAAUCUUAGAAAAUAAAGACCCUAAGCUAGAAGCCUUGACAGUGGACCAUGAAGUCCCAGCGCCGAAGCCAAUCCCUAUGGAUGAGCCGACACUGUCUAGAGUCGCUAGACCGCUAAGGCAUGUAAGGCAUAUUCCUGUUAAAGCACUGGUCUUCCAUUCUAAACACGGUCCCAUAACUUUUUCGUAUGAAAACAAAAUUAAAUUGCCCAUAAGUAAAAACAAACUGGUAGUUCAAGUGAAUUAUGCGGGUUUGAAUCCUGUUGAUAUGAAGAUUAAGAAUGGUUACGGCAAGCCUAUUUAUGGUGAAGCCGGUAUUGGAAGAGAAUACAGCGGAGUGAUAACACAUGUCGGUGAUAAUUUGACAAAUAAAUGGAAGGUAGGUGACAAUGUGUACGGCAUUUAUUACCAUCCUAGGUUGGCCAUCGGUGCCCUGCAAAGUUCAUUACUGAUUGAUCCUCGUGUCGAACCUAUUUUGAUGCGACCCAAACAUACUUUAUCACCGGAAAAGGCGGCCGGUUCCUUAUUUUGCUUAGGAACAGCGUUUAAUCUGUUAGCUCAGCUAAAGGAGAAGGGUCAAUUAGAUACAGAAUCUAAUGUUUUAAUAAACGGCGGCACAAGCUCAGUAGGGAUGUUUGUUAUCCAGUUAUUGAAGCGUUACUAUAAAGUUUCUAAAAAGCUAGUAGUUGUGACGUCAGGUAAUGGUUCAACGGUCCUAUCAGAACAUUUCCCCGAUUUGAAAGAUGAAAUGAUUUUCAUAAAUUAUCUAUCAUGUAGAGGAAAAUCUAGUAAACCACUUAGACAUAUGUUAGAGACAGGUAAAGUUGUGGAUUAUGAUGAUUUUGAUAUUCUCAAAGAAGCUGAAGAUUAUACACAGGGUAAAUUCAACGCUGUAUUGGACUUCAUCGGUGGUUAUGAUAUCUUGAGUCACUCUAGUUAUUUGAUUCACGCUAAGGGCGCUUAUAUUACUACGGUCGGUGAUUAUGUUGGAAAUUACAAGAAAGACGUCUUUGAUUCUUGGGAUAACCCUAGCGCCAAUGCAAGAAAGAUGUUUGGCUCAAUGCUAUGGUCAUAUGAUUAUUCUCAUUUUUACUUUGAUCCGAAUAUCAAGAUUAUUUCCAAGAACAAUGAUUGGAUACACGAAUGCGGCAAACUACUAAAUGAGGGGGUUGUGGAUUGUAUUGUUGAUAAGGUUUAUUCCUGGGAAAAUCUUAAGGAGGCAUUUUCUUAUAUGGCUACACAACGUGCUCAAGGCAAGCUUAUAAUGAAAGUUGAAGGUUUUUAG